AAUGUCAGAAGAGACACUCGAUUUCAGUGGGUCGAUGCCUGAGGAGGUGCAAACUCUUCUCACAAAUUCGGAGAUGGAUCCAGGACUUUUGUCGAAUGAGACAGCAACCACGAUGAUCACAGAUGUGAUUAGUACAACCACAACCACAUUGGCCCCCGUCCUUAUCGGCUACCAACCUAACCCAUUCCGCAUUGGACUCCUCGCCUUCAAAUGCCUGCUCAUUAUCCUAAUCUUCACUUUAUCCUGUACGAUUCGUAAGGACUUCUUCAAGUUCUUCGUUCUCUUCCUUAUCAUCCCACUGUUUAUCGAAGCUGGAUUUGAUAUCUUCACCGAGAUUCACGCCAGUACAGCGAUCUUUGGGGCUCAACAGUUUGACUGGCAAUACCUAAACCUUUCACCACGAGCGAACGACACUGUGACUGAUUGGCAGAAGUAUGCCGUCGACGGGUUCGGAGAGAUCCUUCAAAAGUACACAACUUACCAGGUGUACACGAAGGAUCAACUCUUCUCGAUCGUAUCCUAUGUCGCCGGUGAUUUUAUCUUCUGGAGUCUGCUCUUUUCGACUUACACGGUCUUUUUCUUCGCUCACAAGGCGAUUGCACGUCCAGAGCAGAUCACUUACGAGCCGAUUGGCAGUGUCUUCUUCAAGGCUCAAAUCACUCCGGUAAUCUUUACCGCCUUUGACACUCUCAUCUCGAUCUACCAAAUUCCACAAUGGGCUUAUCUCAGCAUCAUUUCCAGCAUCAGACUCACUGCGUGUAUUGUCUCCUUCGGCAUCGUCACCCAGAUGUUCGCUAGUCUCUUCUUAUUCUGCAGAAGAAAGGACGAGGUGACGAAGACUUCUCCAUAUGAGCACGUGAGAAACAGCAAACUCCGUUUGUUCUUGUUCCUAUUAUUCAGUAUCUGUGUUCAUGUGCUUACGGCUCCUUAUCUCAUCUGGUCCGGAUUGACCAUCGCUUUUGACGUCGGUCAGCUUCUCGGCUUCAACUGGUACCUCCCAAUGCACUUUGCUUCCGAGAUGUUCCCACUUCAUCUGACCUUCUUCUUGCUCAGACCCUUUAUCUUCCUAAUUCUGGCUCUGAUCCUCCUCAACCCAUACCGCCGUCGUUUUGUCAAAUUCUUCUUCCCGUGUUGUAGAAGACAUUAGGAACGAUCUUUUAUUUUUUUUCUGUAAUUAUUGCUUCCAACUCUUCUUUUUUGCGCCAUAAUUCUAAACCCCUGUGCCAUUGGGCGCCCCCUCAGAAGCCCGGUGCUCCUUCGUUUUUUCUUUGUUUUGUUUUUUUUCAAAUCGGAAAUAUCGCUCUCUCAGAAAUUGUGAUAAAUAGUACACGUUUUACACGUUCCAUAUGUGCCUUGCCUUACAAUUAAAAAAUGAAUAAAUUUUUUUCAAAUUUAAA